AUAAAUCGUAAGAUUUCUGAGUUUGAAGCUAUGUUAUUUGUGUUAUGUGUUGUACGGAUUCGGUUUAGAAACCGAUGAUCGUUAUGAAGCAUUGAAAUGUGAAGUACAAUUAAUGAAAAAACGAUUAUUAAGAUUAGAAAAAGUGUAUGCCACAUUAAAAAAAAAUAAACAAUUAGAAAAAAAAGUAUUAUCUGUUGUAUCUGAUCCAUCACCGUUAGAUUUUACGCAAAAGAUCAAAGAUAUAUUUAAUAUCAACGCAACAUCUAUUCGUUCGCCUGCGAAUAGACCAACGAUGGUAAUGCGAGAAAUAUACACAAAGUCUGGACAUGAACCCAAUCAAUGGAGAAAAUACAUCGAACCAAAUCAAAGUGUAUUACAAGGUAAGCAUAAAAGAUCAAUAAAACUAAAGCGGAUUUCUCCAGGUACAGCGAAAAGAAAAAAACAAACUACAUGUCUUAGAUUGUUGUGAACAGCAUCAAAGUUAUAUAAGAGAAGAAAACGUACGCUGAUGCUUAAUAUCAAUUAUUUUAUCAUUUUUCUUAUAGAUUUUAUACAACAAAAGUGUAUGGUUUCAGACGAAGACAUGCCAUUGAUAUGGUUUCAAAUAAUAAAAUCAAUGGAACAAUAUCCAUAUGAUGUAAAAAUAAAAAACACAAAGAAAAAUCAACAGCAAUAACUACAGCCUCGUCGAUAUCAAUAUCGAAAAAUAUUGAUACAACGGAAGAUGACAAGGAAGAGGAACGAUGGCAACGAGGAACGAUGGCACAAUGGAAUAAUUAGAGAAAAAACACUCAUUGUAUUGAAGUUGCAUGAACUCAACAAUUAGUAUUAUGUUGAAAAUAAUGUGAGAAAUUUCGAUUUUAUUUCUUCAGCUACUUACGAAAGAAGAAACUACGAUAUAUAUAUACAUAAAGUUAUCUUCUUUUGGAAACGGUUGUAUGCGGUCUCCAAAACGAAAAGAGAAGAAUAGAAGAUAAAUUUAUGUAUAUGUUGCAGGAGAAAUUAAAAUUCAUUGGAAUUUAAAACUCUCCUAGUAGAAAUUAAAAUCAAUAUAUUCACAAACAGGAAAACUCAAUUAUCCAGCUUUAGAGCUCGAAUUUUAGUUUUCUGAAAAGCGCACGAAGUUUAUGGACGUCAGGUGAAGAUCAUGACCAGUGACUGCGAGUCCCAAAACCGCAACUUGUGAGCAGAAUUUGACCCGUAAACGUUUCGUGACCUGUAUUCAAACUCAUGGCUAUAUUUUGAUCGGAUAUGUUGAUAUAACUUUCGGACU